AUGAGAUGGCAUACUAUCUGUACGAGGAAUGCUUUGAUUAAUGGAAACUACACACUGAUCAAGAACAAUUCAAAAUAUCUGGUUCCGAAGGAAAUUGCUGCGGAUUAUGGGUCUCUUUCUGAUGAAAUUUUGAUGAGAAUCUUGUACCGCAGGUUCAUGAGACUACGUCCCUUUGUUUCAUGUCGAAAAAUGGUCAGAGAUACCUACACUGACUAUCUUCGGUACAAAUUUAAAGUGGAGGAUUAUGAUUUGAAAAGAUCUUUAAUCUUCAAAGAGUCGUCGAACGCGAGCGUUAAGGAACAAGUGUGGAAUAGCUUGACAUUUGUCACCAAAGCUGUAACUUACCUCCCUGAGACAGCUGUAGUGAAGUGGGAUUUGGCGAGGGACAACACGACAUGUCGACAGAUCUUGAAAAAUAUUUUGACGAUGGAAUAUCAGAAAGCAUCAGAGAUUGGUCAGGCAGCCAAAAGAAAGAGCAAAAGUAAUCCUUACUCUGAUUUGAAGCUGAGAUUUAAUCACAUCAGAAACUGCGAUUCUUCAGCGAGUUUUAGAGCGUUUGGCGAAUUUGAUAUAAGCUUGCUUUAUCUGAAUGAAAUGUUGCGCACUAGAUUGUAA